CGGCGACUGUGUGUUGUUAGCUGUUUUUUUUUUCUGGUGCGGUCUUUGUUUUUUGCUGCGUUGGAUGAUCACUGGCCAAAAGAAACGUUUCUAUGUGUUUUUUUGUAUGAAUGUGUUUUCCUUCUGUACCGAUAAUACAUCGGUAAAUUUUAUCUCUGCUUAAAAUACAAUAUGCGUGUUUAUGUGUAAGUGAUUUUCGGGACAACGCGAAUAGAUCCGUAUAGUGUUAGUUGUCCUGUAGGUGUAAAAGUGGGUUAAUUGAAUAGUAGAACAGACAAAAGCCUAAACUAGGACUUUGUUAAGAUACUGAGAACUCAGAAAAGAACCCAUUACUUACGAUUUGAACAUUUGGAGAGGCAAAAAAGACUUAUCGAGACGAAGAAAAGUUACUUCCGGCUUCAAAAGGGACUUGAAAGGCUUCAAAAUUCGGGUCAAGAAUCGAGAACCAGUGCCGGUGUACGCGGCCAUGGAUGCUAGUGUUUGCCGUACCGAACGGGACACUGACUCCGACCUUGGAGAUGAUUCCCCUCUGUCCAACACAGCAGACGAACAUUCCGAUCACGAGACGGAUCCAGGCCGGGACGGAGAGUCGAGCGACGAGGGCGUUAAUGUGAAGCGCCCGUCUCCGGACGCAAAGAUGACAUCCGGCAUGGAAUUUGGCAGAAGUCCAGACCAUCACUCGGAGCUAAGCCAGGCGACGGCAGCAGCAGCAGCGGCCGCAGCGGCAGCAGCCGCCGCCCAGUUCGGUGCGAACCAUCCGCUGGGAAUGCUCGGCAAUCUGACGGCGCUCAACAUGAAUAUGCCGGGAUUGUCCGGGUUGGCGUCUGGGCUUGCGGCAGGCCACCAUGGCGAUGUGCUCGAGAAGCUAAAGAUGCAGGUACGCGACAUGAAGGUGGGAGCGCUGAUGAGUGAACAAAUGGCGGCCGACUUUGCCGCCCUUCAUGCCGCUUCGUCGCCUUUCGGUGCAGCUCUGGCCGCCAGUGCCGCCAAUGGAACCGGUAAUGGGAUGGGAAUGUUCGGCACCGGAAGAGAGGAACCGCGUGGUGGAAGCGGUGGUUCUGGUUCUAUGAAUACCAGCGGUAGUGCUGGUGGAGGAGGUGGGUCACAAUCACAAACAGGAUCUCAGAAUGGGGGUAACUUUUCCUUCACGCUACCGAACGCCCCGAUCAGCAAGGAUGGCAAUCCCGGUUCCAAUUCGUCAACCUCGAGCGAAACGUCGAACUCGUCCCAACAAAACAACGGCUGGAGCUUCGAGGAGCAAUUCAAACAAGUACGACAGCUGUACGAAAUCAACGAUGACCCGAAGCGGAAGGAAUUUCUGGACGAUCUGUUCCUGUUCAUGCAAAAGCGAGGCACUCCUAUCAACCGCUUGCCUAUUAUGGCCAAGUCGGUGCUGGAUUUGUACGAACUAUACAACCUGGUUAUUGCGCGCGGAGGACUGGUCGAUGUUAUUAACAAAAAGCUAUGGCAGGAAAUCAUCAAAGGACUGCAUCUUCCAUCUAGCAUUACCAGCGCUGCAUUUACAUUACGAACACAGUAUAUGAAGUAUCUCUAUCCGUACGAGUGCGAGAAGAAGAACCUGAGCACACCGGCAGAGUUGCAGGCGGCCAUCGAUGGAAACCGGCGCGAGGGUCGUCGCUCUAGCUAUGGCCAGUUUGAUUCGCCUUCCGUACAACGCUCACCGAUUCCGCAGGGUAUCUCACAGAUGCCGCCCCUGUCGCUGGUGUCACACGUCAAUCAGCAGCAACACCAUCAUCGGCUGUUACCGCCGGUCGCCCAAAUACCGAACAUGUUGCCGGCUGAGUUUGAGCAACGCAUGCUCAACUACAUCAAGAUGUUCCAGCCAAAGGAGAUGGGCCGUGCGCAGAGCCCGGAUAAACUGUCCGCCCUGAACGCGAUCGACAUCUCGCGCGUGGCACUCUGGAACAUGUACAACCCGAGCCCGAACAGUCCACCGAACUCGCUCAACACGAGCCCGGAAAAUAAUAUGCAAAGCGCACUCGAUCUCUCGGAAUCGCCGGAUCAUGCAAUGUCAGCGAUCAAACGCGAGCGAGAUCAUCCGGUCGAUUUUAGCGAUCCGCGAGACUAUGGCAAUGGAUUGGGACCGCCGGCCAAACGUAGCCACCACCAUCACCAUUCGCAUCACAACCGAUCGCUAACGCCACAGAAGCUACACAGUUCCUCGCACGAUGAAGAUGACGCACGGUCCGACAGCACACCGAUCAACCUGCGCGAGAACGGUACCCAUGGACGUCGCCCCACACUGGACGAUGACGGUGACGACGAGGAGGAUGAGAUGGAGGACGAAACGACAGAGGAGGACAUGUUGCGUGCGCAGUUCGCUGCUGCUGCCGCUGCCGCAGCCGUUAAUCAGCACCCACUCGCACUCAGCCUUGCCGAUCAUCAUCUCCAGCAACAGCAACAGCAGCAGCAACAACAUCAACAGCAGCAACGCGAACGCGAACGGGAACGGGAACGGGAGCGUGCUCAGCAGCAGGUUGCCGCACAGCGUGAACAGCAGCAACACAAUCUGGCAACACUGGACCUAAGCAUACUGGAUCGCGAACGGCUACGCUGCGACAGUGCUGACAAGCUGAAGCGUCAGAGCCAGCAGCAGCAGCAGCAGCAACAGCAAAAUCAGCAGCACCAACAACUGUUGGAUCAGCAUCACCUUCACCAAAGGCAAUUGCAGCACCAGCAGCAAUCGCGUGUCGCCCGGGAACUGCGAAAGCAUGAGAAUGGUGACCGACUCAGCCUGACACCGGACAGUGAGUUGCAUCAUUCGAAGAGCAAUCUUUCUACGAGCGGAGGUGGAACUGGCACCGGACUAACGGAUCCGUUUAGCUCACCGCUCGGCAUUUCCGGGAUGCAGUUUAAGCUGAUCAGUCGAGGUGAUGCUAGCAAAGGCGACCAGAAGCUAGUGGUGACGAUGGAAUUUAACGGUGUCCAGUAUGAAGGUGUCCUGUUUGCCAAUCCCCUAUCCUCCACCAACUUAUCCGCACCGGCAUCAACACCACCCUCCUCGUCCGUAUCGGCUACCUCGGCUUCCCCGAUCGGUUCCAUGGUAUCACCGGUCAAAUCCAAUGCCGCUCUCAUCUCACCCCUGGAUGAUCGUGAUUCAGUCGCCACCGCCACAACCGUGGACAACCCGCUUGCAUCACUAUCCUCAUCGAACGGAACCGCCAACAGCACCGCCACCACUACCACCAACUCCACCGGCAACUGUCUCGUCGCCAGCAGUAGCGUUGCCGCUUCCAACUCCUGCGUCCAGCAGCAGGACAGUGUGAUUCCGCCAUCCGGUCAUGCCGUGAUCGGUGGUGCAACGAGCCCGGCAGGAUCGAUGGUUUCAUAGGUUUCGUGAUCGUUCGUUCCGGUGUUUAUUACACGGUAGUGUGAGCAGCCGCAACCUGUUACCGUUCCGCUCUCUUGCUCCCGAUACCCUGUUCUGAUAAAGCAAAACCAUGAAAACCGCACACGGGACAUAAAAGUGCUCUCUUCUUCUCAAUGCCCCGUGUUCUUAUAAUUCCCUCAACCUCGCUUUUCCGCCGCUGUUUGGCGUGUUUAAAUGUUUCUCGAAAAGGACGACGGUGCAGAGAUAGUAGUAAUCAGCUGCUUGAUUCCUAUGUGCAGCAGCCUGGCCGGAUCUUAGUUUUUAGUCUACGACGAAGCAAAUAACUUAUACCCGUUUGACGAUAAUGAUGAUAAUGAUGAUGAUGAUAGAACGUAAUCUACCCAUAACAGUGAUGCCUCGGUGUGUGAAAGCAGGUGUACGCCAAAGCAUUUUUCGUCUACAUUGACCCAUUAUUGUACACCUAUUUUCUCAGCGUCUAGAGUUAUUGUAUCAUUUUUGUACCGUUUUGAUUGUUCUUCCGUUUCCUGCUUUAUGUGCAAAUAAUUUAACGCAUUUCAUGUUUCCGCAUCUCGCAAUAUUAUCCACAAACCACAUCAUCAAACUACAAUCAUCCGGGCUGGAUGUAAAUUUGCUAAAUGGUAGAAAAUCUGUAAAUGAUCUGCCAACAAUACUUUACAAAAUGAGUUACAAAUUGAUGAAGCACCACGAGAAGAAGGUGUCUAUGUCUAAUGAUAACUAAGGGCGUCCGAUUAGUCGUUAGUGCUGGAGAGAUCAAUUUUCUUUUUGUUUAAAUAAGUUGCAUUAUCAUUACGCCCCCAAUUGACAUGUAGGCAUAGUAGUAGCACUUUCCCUUUUCCACCGUUAUUUCCCGAGCACGUGAAACCGGGAAUACCGGUUUGAUACGAAAAAAACCCUCGCGAAAGAAUCAAUCCAUCUCUCUAGCAAAACCUAUCAUCAUACGCAUUUUAAGACAUCAUUUUGUGCUUGUGCUCUUUUGCGUAUGUUUAUAUGUUUCUUUUUCGUUUGUUUUAUUUUAUGUUUUGUAAUUUGCUCUUCUUCAGAACCAAAAAUUAUGUUUAAUGCUUGGGAGACGCCGACCCUGUACGUUCUACAAAUUCAUUUUAAGAGCGUAUUUGCUUCCGUUUUGUCUAUUUUAUUUUCCCAUUUACACUAACGUCCAUCUUUAUCCAUUACGUUUAACUGAUGCGCAAGAGAAGGUGCUGCUCUAAUAGGCAACAGAUCAUACAAAGAAAGGACACACGUUUAUACGAAAUUGUAUUAGCUCCACUUUAGUAGUGUGUAUUUGUCUGUUUUCCUUUUUUAAUUGCGCUUUUUCCGCAAUGAAGAAUGAAAAGCGAGUGGUUGAUAGACGACGAAACACUAUUAAAAUAUAUAAUAGUAUAGAAAGCUAGGAAAGGCAGCGGCGCGUAUAAAUAAAAUGUAAGCAGCUGAGAGUAGAAUUUUUAUUUGCUUAUCAGGCAAUAAUUUGAAGGUAAAGAAAACCAACACCGACAAGAAACAGUAAUUAAUUUAGAAGCUAUACAACAACAAUGUAAGUGUUAGUAGCAAAAGAAAAACAAACAUAACUUACGCAGCAUAAUGGGAUAGCUUGAUUCGCAAAAAAAGAGCAAUUAGAACACAAUUGGAAUAUUAAGUAUAGUAAACAAAACAAAAUACACAAAGAAAGCAUGUUGUAGUUAACGAAGAAGGAAAGAUAAAGCUACAGGUUGAAGCUUUUACGCGACGCAUGUAAUGGUAGAAGCAAAAAGUAAAAACAAACCCGAAAGUGAAUAUAUGAACUUCUCCAAAAACUGUCGGAAAAUGUGUCCAGUUGCUGGCGAGUUUGCGUGCGUAGUUUAUUCCGAGGAAAAAUAGGGAAAAUUAAAACAAACAUGCAAUUUAGUAGCAACAAAAGUAGUAAUUCAAAUUAUGUGACGCUUUUUUCCCUGGUAGGAUUUUGUUAAGGUUUCUUAUAAAAGAAAAGUUUUUAGCGUAAACGGCUGUUCGAUUUUUCGACGAUCCUUUUCCGCACUGUAGGCAGUGUCUGAUAGAGAGCUAGUGCAUACGAGAACAACGAGAAAAAAGGGUAAAAGAAUCGUUCUUUACGUUUGUCUUUAAUAUUUCAAUAAAUUAAUGCACUUGUAUUAAAAUCUU